AUGGACGGUGCGGCUCCGGAGGAAGUGGCAACCUCCCUCUCUGCCUACACAAUCAUCAAGCGAUCCCUCUACGGCAUCGUGCUGGCCAUCUUCUUUGCUAACUGCAUCAAAUACAUCUAUGACCAGGAGAUCUUCUUUGAGAAAAUCGUGCCCGAUUUUGAGCAACAGAUGAUCAACAAGUAUCGCCGCGGAGUGGUUCGCUGGUCUGAAGGUACCGAAAGGAUCGUGGACAUCUACAGUCCAAGCAGCGGGUUCAGUCGUCAGAUGCGCAUCAACGAAAACCCGUUGACGUUGAUGGGCCAAAAGUGGUUGUCGUUGCCGCCGGACAGCGAGCGCGUCGGUUCCCGAAUGGACGCAGCUACGUGGAAGAUUGAUCAUCUCCAUUUUGACCCCUACAGCUACGAAUUGGAACAUUAUGAGACGAUGCUUCGCACCGGCGUCCUCGAACGCGAUGGCACAAAUGCUAAUAGGCGUCUCCUGCUGUUGGGCCAUGGUGUCGGCGUGUUCCCACCAUUCUUCUACCAGAAAUACCCAAAAAUGAACACGACGACGGUCGAGAUCAGCGCGAGCAUGUUGUGGAAGGCUUUCCGCCAUUUCCAGACGCCCAAAGACGUCGAAUAUCGUAAACGCAUCCGGCUCGAAGAUGCCGUGGACCUGAUCAGAAGGGCUGCAGAGAAUGGUGAAACCUUCGAUGCCAUCUUCAACGAUGCCUGCCGAACUGAGCUGUACAAAUGCCCCAUUGACGAGCUGGAGACCGACGAGUUGCUGUCGAAAAUGGCUGGCUUGCUCGGGAAAAGAGGAGUCCUCUUCGUGAAUUUUGUCACCGCUGAAUCGCCGCCGUAUCAGCGCCGCCAUCAGUUGAUCAAGCACAACUACAAGAAGCACUUCAAAUUCUGCAUCUGGAAGCAGCUGCCCCUUCUGUCGAACUGGUUGCUCACAUGUGCACAGCGCGAGUUCGACGACAAAGCCCUUGACAGCAACGUGUCGGACACCCCGCCCCCGUCCAAC